AUGUCAAGCGGUGUCGAAGAAACAACUAAAAAAACCAGCGUGGUCGUGAAGGUUGGAAUGGUUGGCGAUUCUCAGAUAGGGAAGACGAGCUUGAUGGUCAAAUAUGUCGAAGGUUCUUUUGACGAAGAUUACAUUCAGACACUAGGUGUUAAUUUCAUGGAGAAAACCAUUUCCAUAAGGAAUACGGAGAUAACAUUUAGUAUAUGGGAUCUUGGGGGUCAACGCGAAUUUGUAAAUAUGCUUCCGUUAGUAUGCAAUGACGCUGUCGCCAUCCUCUUUAUGUUUGAUCUAUCGCGAAAGUCCACGUUAAACAGCAUCAAAGAAUGGUACCGUCAAGCACGAGGAUUUAAUAAGACGGCCAUUCCAUUUCUCAUUGGAACAAAAUAUGAUCAGUUUGCUAAUUUUCCCAAGGAAGAGCAAGAAGAAAUCACAAAACAGGCUCGACGCUUCGCACGGGCAAUGAAGGCCUCCUUAGUUUUUUGUUCUACAUCUCAUUCUAUCAACGUGCAAAAGAUAUUUAAGAUUGUCCUCUCUAAAGCGUUCGAUCUCAAAUGUACGAUCCCGGAAAUCAAGGAGGUUGGGGCUCCUAUACUAGAGUAUAUAAUACGCUAUCCUGAACAAUAG